CGUCCAACAGCUGUAACAUACACAGUUACAAAACAGAGGAGCAGCCAUUAAAGCUCACGUGUGACAUGCUGCAAUGUUAUGCAAACACUCGAGUUCCUGCCCUGCAACAUUAAACACUGAAUCUUACAGGCGUGUUUUCUUUAGGAGGAAAACAUGAAAACAAGAGAGACGAAGUCAGCAGAUGAAUCUGAAUCAAAGAGUAGAGUGAAGAAAAGAGCCGGGGAGAACUCUGGAGCAACUCUCUCGAAAAAGCUACGAGAAAGAAAAGAUGGAGAAACAUCCAAACAAGUGCCUCCUGUCAAGUCUACAGGAGUCCAGAAGAGAGCAGGGUAUGGGAGCAUCCUGCACUACAUUUACAAGAGUACUCUGGGACAAAGUCUUCACUCACAGAUGAAACAGUGUCUUCAGGAACCUUUUGUUCGCUCGCUGUCUUUAUAUCAAUUCCACUGUGCAACAAGCCCCUUCGACCGCAGAAUCACCUGUCUGGAGUGGCAUCCCACUCACCUAACCACUAUGGCUGUGGGCUCCAAAGGCGGAGACAUUUAUCUGUGGGACUUUGAGGUGCCUGAGAAGAAAGCUUUUGUCCAAGGGAACGGAGCAGGAGACUUUAUUGGUGGGAUGAAAUUUUGCCCGACAGACCCCUCCAGAGUAUACGUGGCUUCUGGUGAGGGCACACUGACCAUGCAGAGCUUUGAGGGUCGCACACCCACCGUACUGUCCCGAACUCAAGACUGUGGACACGAUCACCACAGUGUUUGUUACUGGUACUGCUGCGUGGAUGUGUCUGUAAGUCGACAGAUGCUUGUCACAGGAGACAAUGUGGGACAGCUCGCACUCCUGGGUUUGGACGGCAAAAAGAUUUUCAGUGAGAAGUUGCACAAAGCCAAAGUGACCCAUGCAGAGUUUAACUCCCGCUGUGAUUGGUUGUUGGCGACGGCAUCAGUCGACCACACGGUGAAACUUUGGGACCUGAGAAACAUCAAAGACAAGAAAAGCUUCCUCCACGAGAUGCCCCAUGAAAAAGCUGUCAACUCAGCAUAUUUCAACCCUCUGGACUGCUCCAAGUUGCUCACCACAGAUCAGUACGACCAGAUCCGGAUCUACUCCUCUCCUGAUUGGUCGAAGCCUCAACAUAUCAUCCAACAUCCACACAGACAGUUUCAGCAUCUCACACCCAUCAAGGCCACAUGGCACCCUGUCUAUGACCUCAUCAUGGCAGGCCGCUACCCGGACAGCCGGGUUUGCCCCGGAGACCAGAGGACCAUCGACAUCUUUGACGCCAACACAGCAGAGCUUGUGUGUCAGCUGCAGGAUCCCGCCGUCUCAGGGAUCAAAUCUGUGAGUAUGACUUUCAAAAACACUGGAUGGGGGGAAAUGGAGACAAGAAAGCUGUGGUCUUUUACUCCGAUAAUUAUUCAUUUACAGGUAAACAAAUUCAGUCCAAUGGGUGAUGUGAUUGGAUCUGGAAUGGGUGUGUCGGUGCUGAUCUGGAAUAGAAACAGUUCGUUGAUGAGUGAUGAGUCCGCAGCACAGGAGGAAACUUCUACCUCAGCGGAAAAUUCAGGAAGCCAGCGGAGGAAUCGGCAGCGCCCCAGCAGGGACAGAAGAGGGCCGGCUCUGGAUUCAAAGCUCAAGAAGAAACUGGCUUCUCUGGAAGAAACGGAAACCAAGACCAAGACUAAGAGUGCUAAAGAAAAACUAGCAGAAAUGAGGAAGAAGUAAACUGUAGAUCUUAUCCCCCUACUGCAGCUGUUCUCAACCAUUGGGCAGCCUAUUGGUGAACCUCCGAGCGGCAUACGUAGUGUAUGUGUCCUGACUCAAAACGACAAUUCUUGGAGCUUUAACAAUAUAAAAAUCUUUAUAUCUCUGUGUGAAUAAAUACAUAUUUUUAUAAGAGUACUUGAAUGCCACCAUUUAAAAGGAUUUUUUUCCGAGGAACCCAAAUUAUUGUUCAAUAUAUAAUAAAAGUGUUUUUUGUUUUAAAAAAUGUUUUGCAAAAUGGCAAAUACUUCAGUAAGUGAUCUGUGUGCCUUCAACCUAUUGGACCUGAAUUGACCAACACUGUAAUGGGCUAUUAUAAGACCCUUCGAUUACAUUUAAAAGGGAAACAAUAUUUAUUUCCAUUUUGUACUUUCAGACAUGUUGUCACCGUACAGUUUAUCUGGAAAAAAAGAAAAAAGGCAAGAAUUGAUCUUUAAACAUGUUGUGUUAUUCAUGCAAUAGAGGGUUAAAUAUCCAUGUCUAUACAUUCCUUUGUAUUGCUACUGUUGUGUCUCAAGUUCAGAGAUUGUUUAAAUGCAAACAUGUUCUUUUGUAUUGUACAGUCUUUUUAAUGCUUAACUACAAUAAAAAUUAUAACAUUUCA